AGCAGAGCCGGGCGCGGCGGGAGCAGGAGGUGGAGGAGGAGGCCGACAUGAAGGCUGUGGCCACCUCGCCCGACGGCAGGUUCCUCAAGUUUGACAUCGAGCUGGGCCGCGGCUCCUUCAAAACGGUCUACAAGGGCCUGGACACCGAGACCUGGGUAGAAGUCGCCUGGUGCGAGCUCCAGGACAGAAAAUUGACAAAAGUAGAGAGACAGAGAUUUAAAGAGGAAGCAGAAAUGUUGAAAGGUCUUCAGCAUCCAAACAUUGUUAGAUUUUAUGACUUCUGGGAAUCCUGUGUAAAAGGAAAGAGAUGUAUUGUGCUGGUUACUGAAUUGAUGACCUCUGGCACACUGAAAACGUAUCUGAAGAGGUUUAAAGUGAUGAAACCAAAAGUUCUUCGUAGCUGGUGCCGGCAAAUUCUCAAAGGUCUACUUUUCUUGCACACACGAACUCCACCCAUCAUUCACAGAGACUUAAAAUGUGACAAUAUUUUUAUUACUGGACCAACUGGAUCUGUGAAAAUUGGAGAUUUAGGUCUGGCAACCCUGAAGAGAGCUUCAUUUGCCAAAAGUGUAAUAGGUACUCCAGAAUUUAUGGCCCCAGAAAUGUAUGAAGAACACUAUGAUGAAUCAGUUGACGUAUAUGCUUUUGGAAUGUGCAUGUUGGAAAUGGCUACCUCAGAAUAUCCCUAUUCAGAAUGUCAGAAUGCUGCUCAGAUUUACCGGAAAGUAACCUGCGGUAUCAAGCCAGCAAGUUUUGAAAAAGUUACUGAUCCUGAAAUUAAGGAGAUAAUUGGGGAGUGCAUUUGCAAAAAUAAAGAAGAAAGAUAUGAAAUUAAAGACUUAUUAAGCCAUGCCUUUUUUGCUGAAGAUACAGGGGUAAGAGUGGAACUUGCAGAAGAAGACCAUGGUAGGAAAUCCUCUAUUGCCUUAAGACUCUGGGUAGAAGAUCCUAAGAAACUGAAAGGAAAACCCAAAGAUAAUGGAGCCAUUGAGUUUACUUUUGAUCUGGAGAAGGAAACUCCUGAUGAUGUUGCACAAGAAAUGAUUGACUCUGGAUUUUUUCAUGAAAGCGAUCUCAAGAUAAUUGCAAAGUCAAUACGUGACAGAGUAGCAUUAAUACAAUGGAGAAGAGACAGAAUUGGGCCCAGGAUCCAGUCAGAGGACCGUAGAGAUUCUGAAUGUUUGGAGAAACUGAAGGUCCCACAUGCACAACAGGUUCAAGUUACGUACCUUUCCCAUGCUGGUCACCAUAUCCCCUCAGAAUCAGAGGAGCCAGAAGCUGACCAGCAUCCAUUUCAGCAGAACCUGCCCACCAGCGUCACAUCUGUUGCAUCUGACAGCACAUUUGACAGUGGUCAGGGGUCCACUGUUUAUUCAGACUCGCAGAGCAGCCAGCAAAGUGUCAUCUAUUCAUCUAUUCCUGAUUCAAUACCUCCUGCUAUUCAACGGGUUUACAGUCCACCUCUAAGUGAGAGCCAGGCUUUGCCUCAUAGUCUUCAGCAACUAGGGCACUACCAACAGCCUUCAGGACCUGGACUUCCAGUAGUUCAGACUCCACCUGCUGCUGCUGCUCUGUCUCAGCGACCACAACAUUAUCAAGAACCAGCAAUGACCUUUCCGGUUGCACAACCAACCACAGCUGCUUCAUUGCAGAUGGGUCAACAGCAGCCUGUAUUAGGCAGCCAACAGCAGCAGUCCAUGGCACAGCAAGCCUCCCUGCAGCAGAUUCUAGCCAGCCAGCCAGUUUGUCCAUUGCAGCCUGCAGCCCAUUUGUUACCCCAGUAUCAAACCCAGAAUUCUCAGGUGGCAGCUAACAGUAUACAACUAAAACCCCUACAGAUUUCUACUGUGCCACAGGCUCCUCAAGUCCCACCCACCCAGAUUCCUCAGUUUCCUGUCAUUCCUGCAAUUACUCCUCUGGCAGGACUUGACAACCUUCCUCCAAACCUCUCUGAUUUACCUGCUGCAAGUGUACCCCCUAUUCCUGCUCCUUCUCAGUAUUUUACUCCAGCUGUGAUUUUACCAAGCCUUCCCAUGAACCCUGCUCUGCCUCUGGCACCAAACUCCCCUGCCCUACCCAUGCAGGCAGUCAACCUUCCUCAUACUACUGUGGCUUCUUUGGUCUUGCCUUGCCAAACAAUAGUGCCAAAUAUGCCAGCUGCUCCAAUACCUUUACUUGCUGUGGCUCCACCGGGAGUGUCAGCUUUGCCAACACAUCAUGCAAUAUCCCAGCUCUCCCAGAUGUACCAGACUACCUUCCAGCAGAUAAUUCAGAAUGAAGCUCCCUCUCCCCAUCACACUCAGAGCACGCAAGCAGUUUCGCAGCAGCAGCAGCUGCCUCCACUUCCUCAGUCACUUCAGCCAAGCAUAAUUCAUCUUUCAGAACAGACUAUGUCUGCAUCCGGGGCUGGUAACCAGAUUAUUGGACAACCUCAGUAUGCUUUGGAAACUGGAGCCCAGGUGCCUAUAAUGCCAGUACAGCCUUCGAUAAUUAUGUCACCACCUUUGCAGUCACAGCCUGAAAUAUUGCCUUCCUGCCUUGGGCAAGAAAAUCUUUCACAGCUUCGUGGUAGUCUUGCUACACCUAGUGCAACAGUGCCCAUAGAUCAGUGUCUGCCUCUUCAGCCUUCGGGUCUUCUGCAACUUCAGCCAGAGUUUUCCCAGCCUAUGGGAAAGCAGGUCUCAGCUCCAUGUUCAGCUAUCCAGUCGAUUACAGAGUCAUCUCAAGAGGAUGCAAUGCAGGAUAAACAGCAAACACUAUCCCAGAGCUGUGAAAGCUACAUGAUUCCUGACAUUGCUUCAGGUAGAGAGAUGAGUGAUAGCUUUGAAGGAGUGACUGGAAGUGGAAAACUAGAAGGAAAACCUUCGAAGAAGCAUAAGAAAUCUACCCGUGCUCGUUCACGCCAGGAAAAGUCCAGCAAACCCAAACUGACCAUUCUCAAUGUUUGCAACACAGGGGAUAAGAUGGUAGAAUGUCAGCUUGAAACGCACAAUCACAAAAUGGUGACUUUUAAGUUUGAUUUAGAUGGUGAUGCACCAGAAGAAAUUGCUACUUACAUGGUAGAGAAUGAAUUCAUUUUGCAGACUGAAAAAGAAACAUUCAUUGAACAGAUGAAAGAUAUCAUUGAUAAAGCAGAAGAUAUGCUUAGUGAAGAUACAGAAGGAGAACGAAGUUCUGAUCAGGGAACAAGUCCCCAGCAGGAUGCCUACAGACUGGAAAUGGAUGAGGAAAAACGGCAAUAUCAAGUGAAGACACCUGUGUAUCAACAGAAUGUUUUACACACUGGGAAAAGAUGGUUUAUUAUAUGCCCGGUUGUGGAAAAUCCCACUGCUGAAGUACCAGAGUUCUCUCCACCAGUUCCUCAGAGCACACAACAGCCUGAAGGUCCAGAUGCAGAACAGGCUGACGAUCACCCAGUGAACUCUACAGUGACAGAUAAAUCAAGUAUUGUAGCUUAUCAGCAGCUUUCUCAUCAAACAAGUCUGUGCGACAGUCCCAGUGCAACACCUGUUUCUUUGGCGCAAGUUCCUACUGCGGUGUCUUCAGCAGCUUUACAGACCCAGGCAGAAAUUUCAGCUGCGACAUUACCAGGGACUGUGCCAUAUGUGUUAGAGCAGGUUGCUGCUAAUACAGGUCAACAAGAAUAUCCUUCGCUACAGCCAACGAUACAGAGUCAGCCCAAUACUCCUGCCCACACUGCAGCUUCACUAGAAGAGCCUGCUGACAUUCAGCUUGUUCCAUUAUCCUCCCAACAAACACUACAGCUGAAAGAUGAAGACACUUGUAUUCCUGAUGUGGAGAUUUCAUGUUGCACUGUUGGGCCACUCAAAUCGUCUCAGACAGUCCCUGCCCAGGCGGCAGAACUCUUUCCACUUCCUGUUCUCUCUGAUGUGGGAAUUUUAGAAAGUCAGCCUGCACCACAAAUCCCCCAUUUGUCAGAGGCCAGUCAGCCCAGUGUGGUGCAGCAUUCCUUUGUGAGCCAGAUACUCCCAGUCGCUAUUGUUUCUGAUUCUCUAAAUCUCACAGGAUCCCAGCUUCAGAGUCCGACCCAAGUCUCAGGAGCCAUGUCCCAGCAACAUGUAAUGCUGACACAAUCCCAGCCAGUCGCCUGCACUGGGGUUGGCAUCAGCUUGCUGCAGCAACCCUGUACAGUAGAGUCGGAUGGAGAGGGGCCACCCAGGGUUGAUUUUGUUGACAACACAAUAAAAAGUCUGGAUGAGAAAUUACGUAAUUUACUUUACCAAGAGUAUGUUCCAACUUCUGCAUCAGCAGGGACACCAGACAGUUCUGUACCAUUAGAACAAGCUGACAGUGAGUUUAACCUACCACCUUUUAUUGAAGACCAGAUUCCCACUCUCAUACUAGAUUUAAGAGAACCAGGUUAUAAUGUUUCAGACACCUGCCAGCAAGCUAAUACUGCUAAAGACCAAUUCGUGUCAGUUGUCCCUGCUGAAAUGCCACUGUACCCUGUAUUGGCUAGUUGUAUGACUGUACCUUGUAUACCUGUAAAUCCAGCAGACACAGAAACUUCAGCCACACUAAGAAGUGUUGCAGACCAAGUCAAAGAGACAAUGCUGGAAAGAUCUGAAACAACCAGCAUUGGUGUCAGUUCCUCAGAAGUAAGAGGUGGGUCUCCAUGCAGAAAAGGUUCUGCUGCCAGCGUUACUUCAACUUCUGCUGCUACAACAACAAAAGGUCUUCCUCAGGCUGCAUCUGCAUCCUCAAAUAUUGCUGAGCAGAUGGAAACUUCCAAAGCAAAUGAGAAGGCAAAGACCAUAACUCCAUCUGCACCCACAGAGAAUUUAAUACAGGCACCUAGAGUAGAUGGGGAGAUAAGUGACUCUGGUUCUUGUGGAAAGCAGACUGAAGUGCCUGAAAAUAGUACACCAGCCAAAACUAUUGGCAGGUUUUCUGUGAUCAGCACACAGGAUGAAUUAACUUUAACAUCACCACACUGCUUAAGGUUCUCUGCACCACCAGAUGUUUAUUUGGAUGAGCUUCCCUCCAGCCCUGAUCUGAAGACUUCAGUACGAAGAGUGCAGACAGUCUCUUCUGUCGAUGUUUUUUAUGACCGUGGUUCCAGCGAUUCUGGUGAUGAGUCUCUCCAACACCAAUCUCUUGCUGCUCAGCCCUCCAUGCAGAGUACUACUGCAGCCAGUGACUUAAUAAAAAAAGCAACUGCUUUUCUGCAAAGAUCUGGAAAGACCAUUUCACAAGGCCUGGAAUCCCCUAAUGGUCAGGGAGCAAAAAUUCCCACUAUCAAUAUAACAACUUUCCAUUCACAGUCGUCAUAUAUGAGCAGUGACAAUGACUCAGAAUUUGAAGAUGCAGAUAUGAAGAAAGAAUUGCAGAAUUUGAGAGAGAAGCACAUGAAAGAAAUAGCUGAACUGCAGACUCAGCAGAAAAAUGAGAUAGAGGCUCUCUAUGCUCGGCUAGGAAAACCCUUGCCACCCAAUGUGGGGUUUCUUCACUCAGCUCCACCAAGUGGCCGCCGCCGAAGAACCAGCAAAAAUAAAUUAAAAGGAGGAAAACUCUUAAACCCUCUGGUUCAGCAUCUCAAAAGUGAACCCUCAAAUACAAGUAAUUUGUCAGAGUGCAACGAGUCUCUCCCCAAAGAAACAACAAAAACUCAUUCUGGCUCUCCUGCAGCAACAGCAACAGUAACUUCUGCAUCAGCAACAUUUGGGAAAUCGGUUCAGACACAACAGCCAUGCUCCGUUAAAGCCUCACUGUCUUCUGACAUCUGCUCUGGCCUAGCCUCUGAAGGAGGUGGCACCCAUGGAAAUUCUGGUCAAGGCUGGACGGUUUUCCACCAAACGUCUGAGAGAGUGACCUAUAAAUCUAGUAGCAAACCUCGUACCAGAUUCCUCAGUGGACCUGUGUCUUUGUCCAUCUGGUCCACCCUGAAACGACUAUGUCUAGGCAAAGAUCACAGUAGUAGAUCCUCUACAAAUAGUCUUGUAACAUGUCCUGAGCCCCUACCACAGUCAACUCUGCAGGUCCAGGUGCAAGCUAACAACAGUAACAACAAGAAAGGAACUUUCACAGAUGAUCUUCACAAGCUGGUGGAUCAGUGGACAAGCAAGACUGUUGGAGUUGCACAGACAAAACCUUCUUUGAAUCAACUGAAGCAGAACCAAAAAAGGCAAGACAUGGAGCCAAAGGCUAAUCCCAUGCAGAUCCAGAAUGAGACAUGUGGCAUUCUGAAACUGAGACCAUCGCUGAGUGACACGUGGCCAGCUCAGAGGCAGUGCCAAGCACACAGUCCUACUUCAGCUAAGCGGGAGGAAGAGGAAGCUGUGAAAUGAUGUCGUGCAAGCAAUUCUGUACUAUUCUGGUCCACUCGUCACAAUUUUGUAACUUCUUUCUAAGCAUUUUUUAUUGAGAGUUGGAAAUACAGAAAUGUUAUGCAAAAAUAAAGGAAAAAUAUUUUGGGGGAAACAGAUUUUGGUCAAAAAUGGUUCUCUUCUCUUAAGUCUUAAGAGCUGAGGUGCUGGGAGCAGUUUUGGGAGAUAUCAGAGUGGGAGAUAUCAGACUUAUGUUUGAAUUCUUUCUGGUUCAUAGUUGAUCGUAAUUAAAUUAAGUCUUUUCCAAAAGGGAACAUUAAAUUUGUUCAAAUUCCAUUAGAACCAGAAUACAUUCCUGCUUCAAUUUCUCCCAAUCAUAAAGAGAAGUUCUUAAAGAUAAUGUUCUGUUUUAAAGCUGAUUGAAUCCAAUAAGGGAAGCCCACAGAGACUUCACUGGAUAGUAAGCUUGUUACUUGUCAUUUCUUUUUUAUUGACUUAAGCUGCAUUUUCUUGCCAGAGUUAAAUAUGGUUUUCAAGUCUCUUAAUUUUAAGUCUGAAGUAUUCUAUGAAAGAGUCAGUAAUUGGAAAAAUUCUUAAAGGACUUUAAAGUGCCUUUAACAUAGAACAAGCUAAAAUUAUGUGGUGGGUGAUUUCUUUUUCAUGAUUCACUGAAGGCCGAUUUCAGCUGAGGUGAUGUAGAAGUGAGUUUGUUACAAUCUCAUGAGUAAUCAUUCAGUGUAAAUAACAAAUUUAGUGCUGGCUUUUCAGCACUUUAAUUAGGGAAUGGGAUAAAGUGCUGGGAAGGCUACUGUACCCCAGACUUUCAGCCUUCAUCUGCUCUGUAACCAAAGGUUCAGUUGUUUUAAAUCUAGAUGCAAGAAAAAACAACAGUCCCGUGGCCUUCCCACUCCUCCUUUGUGCUACCACAGAAGUGCAAAGUCCUAUUUCCCCACAAAGCUGCUUUACUGUCUCCUCUCAAGUGUUGGAGCCUGGCAUAGUGUUUCAUAAUUGUUUGCUUGCCACAUCUGUCCCUUCUAGGCCUCAGUUCAAAACAAUAAAAUUUUAUUUUCUUGUCAUCA